AUGGCUGCCAUUACUGGCCACCGUAGUAGGUCUGGCCGUUUGGUCAUCUUCGUGGCCAUUGCACUCGCUAUCUCUUAUUUCACUUUCAUUACGAGCUAUCCUUCCCGUCAAAAGGACGGCACUAGGCGGCGUCCCUUCACUUAUGUCCACAGCACCUUUGAUUGGGCCCAUCGACCAGAGAAACACCCCGUGGCAUCCUAUGAGCGGCUACCAUCUGGCAGUCCUCUGCAGUUGCGCAGAAUCCAGUACGAUUUCCAGGAUCAACAUGACACAAGACACUGGAAGGCACAGGAGAGACGCAGAAAGGUGGUGAAACAAACAUUUCAGAAGAGCUGGGAGAGCUACAGGGAAUACUCUUGGGGUUACGAUGAACUCUCGCCAGUCUCUCUUGGAGGGGUGGACACGUUCAGCGGCUGGGGAGCUACAUUGGUCGACUCGCUCGACGUCCUUUGGAUCAUGGACAUGAAGGACGAGUUCGACGAGGCUGCCCACGCCGUCGCCACUAUCGACUGGGACAACUCGACAGCCCUAGAAUGCAGUCUCUUUGAGACAAAUAUACGAUAUCUGGGUGGGCUUCUAGCAGCAUAUGACCUGAGCAAUGAAACUAUGCUCCUUAACAAGGCCGUUGAGCUCGGCCACAUGCUCUAUGCCGCCUUCGACACGCCAACUCGGAUGCCAAUCAACGCCUUCAAUUUUGAGAAGGCGAAGAAGGGUGAGCUUGUUGCCUCACCCAGAGAGGUAUCCGCCAGCAUUGGAAGUUUGUCUUUGGAGUUCACGCGGCUGUCUCAAUUAACAGGAGAUUUGAAGUUCUUCGAUGCCAUAAAUAAGAUCAAGAAGGAGCUGGCUCGUACUCAGGACUUGACCAAGCUGCCGGGGCUCUGGCCCACAUGGAUUGAUGCCGCCAAUGGCUUUCUAACCCCUGAUAGUUCGUUCACGAUUGGUGCCAUGGCCGACUCUCUAUACGAGUAUCUGCCUAAGAUGUACGCCCUACUUGGCGGUCUCGAUGAUGUGUACAAGAAGAUGUUCAAGAAAGCCAUGGAAACCACCAAGAACAAUUUGCUCUUUCGACCUAUGCUACCGGAUGAGGAGAAAGAGGAUAUCUUGUUCGCUGGUACGAUGUACUCUAAUGGAGUAACUACAGCUGACCGUAUCCCCGAGGGCCAGCACCUUGCUUGCUUCGCCGGAGGUAUGUACGCCUUGGGCGGCAAGCUUUUCGACAUCAGCGAGUAUGUGGAAAUUGGCGAGCAGCUUACCAAAGGCUGUGCGUGGGCGUACAAGUCGAUGCCGGUAGGCAUCAUGCCAGAGCAAUUCCGCAUGCUGGCUUGUAAGACACCCAACCUUGAGAGGUGUCCAUGGGACGAGGCAAGAUGGAAGAAAGAGGGGAGCAAGAGGUUGCCGAAGGGAUACGCCAUCGCCCACGAUACAAGAUAUCUGCUCCGGCCGGAGGCGAUCGAGAGUGUUUUCUUGCUGUACCGGAUGACCGGGAAAAGAGAGUAUCAGGACAUUGCCUGGGAGAUGUUUGAGGCUAUAAAGAAAGCCACUGAGACGCGGUUUGCUUACUCGGCAAUCAACGAUGUGACAAGGGGUGGUGUCAUCCAGAAGACGGACUCGAUGGAGAGCUUCUGGCUGGCGGAGACGCUGAAGUACUUCUAUCUGAUAUUCUCGCCUCCCGACUUGAUCAGUCUGGACAACUACGUCCUGAACACUGAGGCACAUCCAUUAAAGUUACCCAAGCCAAGCGGAAACAAUAUAUAG